AUGACCUUUGCUCUUGGGAUUAUCAUCGUCCUUGCCCUGGUUCCCUUGGCGUCCACCUGGACUUUGCUACCAUUUCCAACCGGGAAAAGGCUAGCAGUACGGCCUUCCACCCAUUAUAAUUUACCAUGGUCCUCGAAACCCAUUUCAUUGGUACCAGCACAACCAAGAGCAAGAAUAUUAUACCAGGCGAAGAAAAAGGAUAUUGAAGAAGAGGAGGAGGAAGAAGUGUUUGUCGAAGGUGAAUGGGAAUAUGAAGUCGAAGAAGUGGAAGUGGAAGAAGAGGAGGAGGAGGAGGUCGAACUGGACGAAGAGGAAUACGACGAAUAUGAUCUGGAGGAUGACGAUGAAGAAGAAGAAGUGGUGGUGGAUGAUGUGGAUGAUGUAGAGGUGGUAGAAAGCACUGGUAAAAGUGAAGAGGAGGUUUGGGUGGAAGAAGAGGUAGUAGUGGAACCCGCCGCCAAAGAAGUAGUCGCCACGGUGGAAUGGGAGGAGGAGGAAGAAGAAGAAGAAUUUCCAUUGCAAGACGAUCCGAGCAAUCCCAACUACAUGAAACAACGAGAGCUGAUUGAACAGGACGUGGCUGCGUCGGAACAACGACAGCGAGAUCGGGACUUUGACCCCUACGACUUUAUGCAAAAUCAAAUGACACCCGAGAUGAUGCAAGAAAUGGAUCAACUUCCCUUUAUUCAAGAAGCCGUCGCCCGCGCCAAGGAAAUGACACUUACCGAAAUGGAUUUGGACGGCAUGGACAUUGCAAAAGAACUCCAAAAUGUUCCCGAUCUCAUGGACGAUGAUCCGUAUCCGCGUCACGAACCAGACGAAAUCAACCAUCUCGAACGCAACGUGGGACUUACCGACGAUGAUAUGGAACAGGUCGACAAUUCGUGGAAAAUGCUAAAAGCGAAAAUCAACGAACCGCCGUUUGAUUUGGUGGCGGUGCGGGCCAACCAGGGCAUUGACGGACUCGACAAUGAAACCGUGGCAGAAAUUGAAAAUGUACUCGAGGAAAUGGGAGGAGCGCCGUAUAAUGUUACCAAAAUGUUACUGUACGAUUUGGAAUUCAAUGUUACCAAUCUCAUGUUGGCGGCCGUGAAACACAACCGCGAAGCACCACUCUUUUUGGCACACUGGUAUCCACAACUCAUCACGUACGAACGUUAUGCGCAAGAUCGGGAAACCAAUUUUGACUAUUCCUGGGACGAUGUGGAAGCGGCCGACCUGGACGAAUUGAAACGGUAUUACAAGGGAAUGGGGCACGAUGAGAUCCCCUCCAAGGCUCCCGGUGAGACGGGCAUUAUCGAAUUUGAUUAUCUCGAUGAAGAAGAAAUGAAAAUGGCAGCCUUUGAAAGCUGGAUGACAGAAGUGUACAACCCCGAAAUGGACCGAAAGGACUUUGAUGAUGACGAUAUCAUGGACGAAGACAAUGUGUUUAGUGAAUUCUACGUGCCAAAACGACAUCCGGAUCUACCCACCAUCAAUGAGACUGUCACCGAACUCAACGCGUACAUGGCCGGAUUGCCGCACGAUGAGUUCACUCCCGAGGAUAUUGCCUACAGCAACUUUACGCGACAGUCAUUCACGUACGAGGAACUCAUGGACGAUGAGUUUCAAGAACAAUUUCGUGGUCAUUUGGUCGUAGCAUGCACACCGGAAGACUCGGAUUUGGAAAUUGCGGAAAAAAUCACGGCCGCCAUGGACAAGGCGCUGGGUAAGCAACUCUAUGUGGAAACGCGCGUGAUUUCGCACGCCAAACUAGAAGACAAUGUAUUCGAGGUUUGGCUGGAGAGCUACGAAAUUGACUUGCUGCAUUCCAAGAAACGAGCCACCGGUAAUGUUCAGGAAUGGAAUGGUCCAGCAGAAUGUGACGACAAACAGAUCGAAGCCUUGGUGGAGAAAGUGAGCUAUCUGAUAAGUGAUGAGGCUCGGUACAGCUACACUCUGGAAUUUGAUGGUGUGGUCUAG